CAGACGGGGACUGCGCCUUUAAAAUAAGCCCUUGCCUCGUCACUGUCAACGAAAACCCGGAAAUCAGGCACCAAAAAAAGCAAGUUGUGUUGCGUUAUCAGUGGAUUCGAUUACUUCAGUUGGGUGAGAAGCUACAGAAGUUACAAACCACGUUAGUUGCUGUAUCUACCUAUUGAAAAUAAAAGCCGGAAUCAGGUGUAAGACAUUUGAGGACAACGGAUUUUAGAUAAGGAAGAGUAGCCUAACCAUCGAUAGAUUCAUGAUAUCGAUAAAUGUUCAACUCCAAUGAAGCAAGCCUAAGGAUGACACUAGACUGAUCGGAUACCGAGGAUAGAUCAUAACAGGCCUCAUUGAAAGAUGGGUUUGGCAUGUAGAAGUACAUGUUACCAGGAAAGAGUAGAGUAUAAUUUGUAUAAAUGCCAAGGGGGGUUUAGGGUAGCCUAGAUACUAUAAUUUAGGAGUCGAGGUAGGGCGUUGCAAAUACAAGCUAUAACAAUACUAUUAUAAAAUAAAUGUGCAACGUCUGGUGCAAUACUGCGAAAACUUCAAAAUAAGACGCUAAGCUGAAUUGCGGACUCUAUCUAACCACAUAAUAGGUGGUUUCACUGUAAGUUCAGUUCGGGGACUGACACGUAGCUGUAGAUCGGGCCAACAGGGACCGAGCAGCUGACGUGAGUUUCAGUUAUAGAGAUACGGGUCUUUUUCGUUCUAACCGCGUUUUAGAAAGCUUUGUCAUGUCGAGAACUAGUCGACGGUACAAGCCUUUGCAGGCGAAUAACGGUGCUCUCCCUGGUUGCAACUCGGUUCGGAUGCCCCGUGCUCGGGUACUGGUCUUCUGUCUCUUGGGUGUGCUGACUCUUGCUAUGGUGUUGGGCUUAUAUUUGUCCAACGAAACAAGCAGCAACCGCAACAACAGAAUUCCCGUCGUAGAUUUGGCAAAAGACCGGUUAUCCCAUAAGGCCAGUAAGUCUUCUCCAUCCCAGGUGCGAAGGCUGGUGUCCCAGGUAGACGGAUCACGCCUGUGGGAGACUCACCUUAGGCCCAUCCUCAUUGAGAGACUCCCAGGAACCCUGGGCAGCCAGGCCGUACGCCAACACAUCUCCUACACCUUGUCCUCCCUCUCCGCUGGCUGGACAGUAGAACUCGACUCUUUCCUGUCGCCAACGCCUCGGGGUCAGGUCACUUUCUCCAACAUCGUUGCGACCCUUGAUCCCGGGGCCCCUCGCAGGCUGCUGCUGACCUGCCACUAUGACUCUAAGGUCCUACCCCCGGACCCCCGCGUCCCGGAGAGGGUGUUCCUGGGGGCCAGCGACUCAGCGGUGCCCUGUGCCAUGAUCCUGGAGCUGGCUUCUGCCUUGGACGCCCAGCUCAAAGCUCUCAAUCAGCAGGCAUCUGCUGUAACCCUCCAGCUAGUGUUUUUUGAUGGAGAGGAGUCGUUUGAGGAGUGGACAGCCACAGACUCUCUCUAUGGAUCAAGGCACCUGGCAGAGCGCAUGGCACACACACCCCACCCACUAGGCUCCACACACACCAACCUGCUGCAGGCUGUGGAUCUCUUUGUUCUACUGGACCUGCUUGGUGGUCCAGACCCUUUGAUUGUAAAUCACUUUGACAACACUGCCCGCUGGUUUGACCGUCUCAUUGCUGCAGAGAAGAGGCUGCACAGGCAGGGUCUGUUGACCUCUCACCCCUCUGAGCAGACCUACUUCAGGAAGGACGUGUACCUGGGCCCUGUGCAGGAUGACCACAUCCCCUUCCUACAUAAAGGUGUUCCUGUGCUUCAUGUCAUUGCCACCCCCUUCCCCCCAUUCUGGCACACGCUGGAUGACACGGAGGAGAACAUGCACCGACCCACAGUGGAAAACCUGACCAAGAUUCUGGCUGUGUUCCUGGCUGAGUACCUGGGCUUUUAACCACACCUGGACCCACCAUUGGACUGGUCCCAUAACCCAAGAACCAACAGAUUACAUGGGACACCUUUUAACCACAGUGUAGGAAAUACAGACAGGGGUUUGGGGCAGUUUUGCCCUGACGUUGCAAAAGACUAGGAGAGAUAAUGUUCCUCUGUCACUGGACAGGUUCUAUCCACUGAAACCAACACUCAUAGACACAUUGAUCUGAGAGCAGAACUACCAUCAAGUGACCCUGCUGGAUGUAGGCAGCUUGUAUCACAGAAAAACCUUGAUGGUACAUUAACAUGAAAAAUAACUGGAAGAGGCCUUUGUGGAUUUUAAUAUUAUCAUCGGCUCGUUUUUUUGUAAAGUCUUAAGGUAACGCUAACCUAAUCCUUUCUUUUAUGCUAUAUGGUCCUCUGUUGUGAAUAUCAGACUGUAGACUUGAUUUCAUGCCAUAAGCUCGUUGAGCUGACAUUGACGGUUGUAUUCACAGAGCAUGGCAGUGACCGAAAAACUUGAACAUAACAAUGAAUGACAUUGAAAUGGUUGUCCCAUCACUGGAUUUCUUCUGUAUGCAUUACCUCUCCCCAAGAGGUUUCCGGCCCAGGCUUGGUUUAGCAUGUCAUCUGUCUCACAUCUUACCAGAGUGCUGAUUUCAAAAACGGCUUCAAUCAGAGAAGGUGCUGGGCGAAAAUAAGCUGGAUUAAGAACACAGCUGAAUCAAAAGCGUCAGUCCGAAUCCAAAUAGGCCAGAUUGCCUCUGCGGGAGGCAGGCAGCUUGCGUGCACACACUGGAUGAUGUUUAAGCUCAGUGAAUAGGAAUCAUCUCACACCCAUCCCUAUGGGACAUACAGUGGGAGAGGCUGUGUGCUUGUCCUGGCUGUACUAACAUUUGGCCGUGGUUUCUCUCAGCUGCAACCUGGGUUGUGUUCAGGAAGCAUGAUAUGGGAGCACAUUUUUUUUUUUUAAACCAUAUUGUUUAUUCCCAAUGCUUCAAGUGCUUGUCAAUGAUUAGGUCUGAUGACACAUUUGUGUUUUCAAUUAAACUAUUUAAAAAAUG